AUGUUGCUCAAUCCAUUCCGCAUUCUCGGCGACGUCAGCCAUACGGUAUCCAAGUGUAUCUUGAUAUGGUCGAUACACACAAACCAGAGCGCUGAAGGUGUUUCGCUCAUCACACAAGCGCUAUACUGCGUCGUCUUCAUUGUACGAUACCUGGAUCUGAUCGUGGAUGUACCCUUUCACACCUUCCUCUCCUUCUGGAACUUCACUCUCAAGGUCUUCUACAUUUCUACGUCGCUGUAUAUCGUGUUUCUUAUGACAAGAGUAUAUGCACGAACAAGAGAACGUGAAAAGGCAUGGAAGAUUGGGCUUUGGAGUUUGCUCGGCUCCAUUGUGAGUGCCCCUGUGGUGGCCGCCAUCUUCAUGGGAAAGAAACCCUUCUCAGCAAAAUAUUGGUUCGAGAUUCCCUAUACGUUUACGCUCAUCCUCGAAUCGCUCUGCAUCCUUCCUCAGUUGCUUCUCCUCCGCCAGACAUCGGUCCCUACCGUCAUCGACAGCUUCUACCUCGCGACCCUUGGCUCGUAUCGCGCCUUCUAUAUUCUCAACUGGAUCGUUCGCAGUGCUACGGAAUCCCGCCACAGUGACAUCUUCCCCGUCAGCUUUACCUUUGGUGUCGUUCAGACCCUCUUCUACUUCGACUUCGCCUGGGUGUACUGGACAAGACAGCGCGUCAAGCUGAGAUACGGCGGUGUUGUGGAUGGGGAAGAUAUCAGCAGAGGCUGGCUGAUCAGCAAGGUCCUUGGGCAAAGAGGAAACACAAAUCAUGACGAUGAUGAUGAUGAUGAUGCCGCGCUGGCCGGUCAAGAGGAGGGUAUCAUUCGUCCUGCAGGCGCAAGCAGAAGCAACAGCGCAUGGGGUCCAAGAGGCAUCUCCGUAUCUGCCGAUGACGGCGUGCACGAGUCUGAGCGAACCCAUCUGGCUGACCCCGCCGCGUUCGAAGACGACUACGAGGACGAUGCCGUCGUCGUGAGCCCUGCUGUCUCAGAGGCCGACCGAGUGUCCAUCAAGGCCAGAGAUGAAGCCACGGCUCAAGAUAGUGGAGUCAGUGAUGGUGUCGAGUGGCGCGAUGAUCGUCAUAGCUAG